UGAUCUCUCCUUUAUAAUUUUUCUAAAAAGUCGUGAACCAAAAAGUUCGCCAAAAUCAACUUUAUUUUGCAUGAGAUGCAUUACUUUUAUCCUUUUGAGCUUAUAUGUAUGAUGGAAAAGAAAUAAAUGUUUCGUAUGAUCAAAGUUGAAAUAUGAGCAUGGAAAAAAGCAGAUCGUAUCCCCAGUACUCUUCCUCUUGCUCAACUGAAUUUGGGUAUGGGUUUCAAGAUCGAGCAAAUUCGUACAUUUUUAAUGGCCCAAGCACGAAAGAUGAAGCUUUCGCGGCAUCAAAUGAUCCCGAAAUGAAGAGGAAGAAGAGGAUUGCUGCAUAUAACAUGUUUACUAGAGAAGGUAAAGUUAAAGCAUCUGUAAGAGAGAGUUUCAAGUGGAUUAAGAGCAAAUUUGAUGAUAUCAGGUACAGAGUGUAAGCUCUACAUUUGUCGAAUUUUUCAUUGUCUGGUGGAUUAUUUGAUUGUAAAGAACGUAUUUUUCAAAUAAUUAAAUAUGAGUUCCAUGCUUAA